AUGACCAGCAUUCGGAGUCUGCAGACUACCCAUUCUCGGGCUUCAAAGCAUAUCCGCAGCAUUGUUCCAUCCGAGUCUAGCCAUCAAAAUACUACAAGCGAUGUAGGCCAGCCACAGUCUCGAGAAUCAAGUCUGUUUGGAUCAGACAAUUCGACUCGAAAGACUUUGCAUAAUGAUAGCCAUGCCACCAAUCCAUCCACUCUAGCGGAUACCAAGACAAAAUUAGACAGGCCAUCUCAAGUAGCAUUAUCAAAGCCAUUUAUGUUGGCAGGCUCAUAUAUCUGGGCUGGGUUACAGGAUUCUUUUGCUUGGCCCAUUACCCUCUUUGUUGUUUAUGGAUCCACUACUUUGAAAACUAGAAUGAUGCAGUGUGUGUUUCUCAAUGGGAUUAUAUUUCUGGGAUCUGUUUUGAUUUUCAACAAUCUAGUAUCGCCUUUGGCAAAACUAUGUUUAGAGUCCUUGUGCAAGUCCUUGAAUAUUUCUGAAGACACUGAGGCCAUUAUCCGUUAUCUUGGAUCUGCAAUCUCUGGGUUAUAUUAUGCAAGUAUUGCUUGGAUUUAUCCUCUGUAUGCGUUCAGCUUUUUUGUCAACAGUCAGUGGUAUCAAGAUAUUGCCAAUAGGUCAUAUGAAAUAUUUGUCGGAAAGCCCAAAACGCAAUCGAAAUCUAUCCCAACACUUAUCAAGAAUGCAGCUAGUGAUACAUACAGAGGAUUGAUGAUUUUUAAUUUUUUUGUUCAAGUGGCAUUGAUAUAUCAUGUUCCAUUCAUUGGUCCUGCUUUUAGUUACAUUUUAUUGAAUUUCAUACUUGCUUUUUUUGCAUUCGAGUACAAAUGGGCCAAUCGUAAUUGGUCUUUUGUUCAUCAGAUUGAAUUUUUCGAGUCACACUGGGCAUACUUUUUUGGAUUUGUACUAACUUUACCGCUACUGGGAUACUCAGGGUUUCCUAUGGCUCUAAUGGUGAUUUUGUUUCCAAAAACUGUAAAUCUUGGCUGGUUUGCAUUGGUUUUUCCAAUGUAUAUUAUCAUGGCAAACCGUGCCAAGCCUUUGCCAAUCCACAAGGAUCUGGUACAUGUUUGGUAUUUACCAGUUAGAAUGCCCAUAUUUUUAUUUGCUCAAUAUGCAAGUACAAUGAUAAUAUCUUGGAUAAAACGUCGUCGAGAAACAUUGUCAUCUACUGCUUCAAUCGUGCAAUGA